GCAUGGAUAUUUCGUCUAAUUACUCCGAUAUUAGUGACGAUGAAGACACCGUUGAAAAUACCCGUUACAAGUUCCUGUCAACUGACUUGGAUAUUGAAGAGCGCGCACAGCACGCCGUACCCAAGAACACACGUCGGAGGAACAAAUGGGUGGUUAAUACCUUCAGCGACUGGACUAUUUGGAGGAAUAACAAACGCCUUAAAGAAGAGAAGAUUCUUACCAUGCUUGAUGUCAUGGAUGACGCACAACUAUCAUUCUGGUUGAUUAGGUUCGUGAGGGUGACAACAGCAACCAAACUCUACGAGAAAGGGAUCCCCGAACAACACAUAAUGGAACGAACUGGGCACAGGAGUGUCCAAGGUUGUCGUAACUACAGACGGACAUCAAAAGGCCAGAAGAUCGAGGUCAGCGCCGUGAUUAACAUUUCUCCGGCCAGUGCAACAGCAACUGACUGUAGUAUAGAUGUGAGUGAGAAGACUGAUACCGCAGCCCCGAGCGACAUCAGAUGCACGAGUGAUGUUCCUCCAUCAAUGCCAGGCGGAAUCGUUUUGGCAUAAAAUUGCACCAUCAAUGUAGUGAUCAAGAAAGAAAAUAUGAAGUGUGUCGUUUCUUCAACUCAAUGUUACUUCAACUCAAUAUUGCUUGAGGCGAAGCCGAGAGUAAUAUUCAAGAAAUCCUGACGUACCUUUA